UAAAAUCACUAUUUAACUUAAAAAAAUGGAGUGGAUGACACCAGUAAAUGAUAUCCUCCGCGACGAAAUCACCAAAGUCAACUAUACUUUGAUGCCUCCAGGGCACCAGCCAGGUGAUGUUCGUACUGUGAGAAUUGUGCAAGAAAGUCUGGGCAGGUUGAUUGACUCGCUCGAGGAGCAGUCGGCGUCAGCCCAGGGCCUCUCUAAAGCCAUCACCACUGCCGAGAAGCUCCGGAAUGAGCCAACUCAUGUGCUGUACCUGCUGAAAGACGCCACUGCUAACAACGGCCACGGCGAGGUCAUAGGCUUCCUAAAGGUGGCCUACAAACACCUGUACCUAUUCGACGAGCGCGAAAAGGUUCGCGAGGUGGAGCCCCUGUGCGUGCUGGACUUCUUCGUGAGCGGCGCGCGCCAGCGGUGCGGAAAUGGCAAGAAGCUGUUCGAUUACAUGCUGCAGGAUACCAACAGCCGGGCUUAAGACCUGGCGGUGGACGGCCCAUUGUCCAGAAUGGAAACCUUCCUCGCCAAGAACUACGGGAUUGACCACCUCAUCCGUCAGAGCAACAACUUUGCCGUCUCGCCUGCUUUCUUCCUUACUGCAUGUGAUGCCAAUCAAUCCGGUCGCCCCUCGCCGGUGAUGCCAACCGCGGCCGUGGGACGGUUCGCCGCUCGCAAACCACCAUCGUCCAUUUUGGACAUCAUCCACGGGCGUAUGGACCGCAGGUUCCUUCAGCAAUGGCAAAAAAAGCUUUUACUUCAAAUAGACAUAUUUACAACAGCAAAAUCCACAUAAACAUAAGGAAAAACUUAAUCAAAACCUAUAAUUGGAGCACCGCCCUCUACGAUUGUGAAAGUUGGAACAUCAACACCGCCAUCGUCAAGAAGCAUUCGAAAUGUGGUGUUUGCGAAGAAUGCUUAAAAUCAGUUGGACAGAAAAGCGUACCAACCUUGAAGUUCUAGAGAAGUCAAAAGAGAAGAGACAAGUAAUGCACGUCAUUGAAAAACUUAGAGCUAAAUGUAUAGGUCACAUACUCCGACACGAAGGGUUAAAUAAAAUCAUACUGGAGAACAGAAUUGAGAAAAAAAGAGGAAGGGGAAGACCCAGAAUAUCAUACAUGACACAGAUUAAAAAAUGGUGCUGUAGCCACUCAUAUCAAGAAGUAAAAAUGAAGGCCCAGAAUAGACUGGAAUGGAAAUUGCUGCAGCUACAGAGGGCCAGGGCCUCUUAAUAUUAAUGAAUGAAUAUAUAUAUAUAUGUAUAUAUAUAUAUAUAUAUAUAUCGUAGACCCUAUAAAGUGUCCCACUGCUGGGCAAAGGCCUUCCCCCUAAACUUCCAAUCUUCCCGAUGAACUGCAGCAUCGGUCCAGUUGCUGAGAAAUGCGUCCAGGUCGUCCCGCCAUCUCCUCUUAGGCCGACCAUGCCGGCGUUUACGUUGUGGCACCCACUCCGUGGCUAGUUUAGAGCCCACCUCUGUGGGUGCAUACGUCGUACAUAUCCUACCCAGUCCCACUUUAGCCUGGCGGUUUUGACCCCAACGUCGACGAUACCUGUUUUGGUGCGCAACGUGGUGGUGUUUUGGUAUUACUAACUAAUAUUUUUUGCUCGCCGGCGACACUCCGCCCGGGCGCAACCGUUAGCAAACAUGCGUGCAUGCAUCUGUCGUGUCGUCACUUCUUUUUACCCGAGAUCUCCACAUUUUUUUUAAUUCAUGUUGGACUACACAUUAUAAAUCGGUGUACACUGGUGAUGGUGCCGGACUGAACUCAACUUUGCACAAGAAGAAGAAGGUUUGCACAAGAUUAUAUGCUGAAGAAAAGUCUGUAAAACUAGCCGAAAUCGAAUAGUCUUAGAUCUAAGACCAUAAAAUGAACUUGUUUAAAUUGUACAUUUUUCUUCAACUUCCCACUGGUAUUUUUUUCUUAUUUUUUAUGUAGACUAUUAAUUAACUUUGAAGAAUAUCAAUUAAGUACCUACAUAAAUUAAAUCUUGUUUUUAACCCCAAAAUAAAACAGCUUUUAUGUUUUCUUGAAUAUAAAUCGGGAAAAUAAAAACAGAAAGAUGCCUGAAGGAAAACUGCGACACAAAUAAGAGAGUAAUAGGACCUUUGGUAUUUGAUUAAAAAGGCAGACGGUGAAAAACCCGGCAACCGAGUGAAUAAUGUUAACUAAAGACGAAUGUUUGUAGUUUUUGAAUACUGACUCAAUGUCACGAAACCGCAGUGUAAUUGCGCCUUGGAAUGAAGUUAUUAGCGUCCAGCACUGCAUUCUGCGGUGCAAUAUUUUUUAAAUAUUCACGAAAAUCCUUUUUGAA